GAUUGGUGUGACCAUCGAGUCCUUUAAAGGAAAUGGCAGCAGUGGGCAGAGGGACGGGCAGUGGGUAGGAGAGAGUGUCUGCUGCUCAGCUGAAUGCCUGAACUGUUUCUGACACAGGGACCGUCCUCCCGCGGAGCACUGCUUCCAAGUACGGCUGGAUCGACCGUUUUCUCUGGUAAACCCAGUUGGCACCACAUUUUGAAGGAUAGACCAUGACCCGGGAUGAAGGGCUGCCAGACUCAAAUGCUGCCCAGGUGUUCUAUGAGAAGUAUGAGCCCAAAGAGAUCCUGGGGAGGGGCGUGAGCAGCGUGGUGAGACGCUGUAUCCACAAGAUGAGCAGGAAGGAAUAUGCGGUGAAGAUUAUCGAUAUCACCGCUGGCAGCCUGAACCCUGAGGAGAUCCAGGAGCUGCGGGAGGCCACCAUCAAGGAAAUUGACAUCUUGCGCAAGGUCUCCGGGCACCCCAACGUCAUCCAGCUGAAGGACACUUAUGAGACCAACACUUUCUUCUUCCUGGUGUUUGACCUGAUGAAGAAAGGCGAGCUCUUUGACUACCUGACCGAAAAGGUCACCUUGAGUGAGAAAGAAACCAGGAAGAUCAUGAGGGCCCUGCUGGAGGUGAUCUGCUACCUGCACAAGCUGGGCAUCGUACACAGAGACCUAAAGCCAGAAAACAUCCUCCUAGAUGAUGAUAUGAAUAUCAAACUCACUGACUUUGGAUUCUCCUGCCAGCUGGACCCUGGAGAGAAGCUUCGAGAGGUGUGUGGGACUCCCAGCUACCUGGCCCCUGAAAUCCUUGAGUGCUCCAUGAAUGACAGCCACCCUGGUUAUGGGAAGGAAGUGGACAUGUGGAGCACAGGUGUGAUUAUGUAUACCCUCCUGGCCGGCUCGCCCCCUUUCUGGCACCGCAAGCAGAUGCUGAUGUUGAGAAUGAUCAUGAGUGGCAACUACCAGUUUGGCUCCCCAGAGUGGGAUGAUCGAUCAGACACUGUAAAGGACCUUAUCUCUCAGCUCCUGAUCCUGAGCCCACAGCAACGGUGCACCGCUGAGGACGCCCUGGCUCACCCCUUUUUCCAGCAAUAUGUGGUCGAGGAAGUGCGUCACUUCAGUCCCAGGGGGAAGUUCAAGGUGAUCGUCUUGACCGUGCUGGCCUCCGUGCGGAUCUACUACAUGUACCGGCGCGUGAAGCCAGUGACCCGAGAAAUCGUCCUCCGAGAUCCCUACGCUCUUCGGCCGCUGCGGAAGCUCAUCGAUGCCUGUGCCUUCCGAAUCUAUGGACACUGGGUGAAGAAAGGCCAGCAACAGAACCGGGCCGCGCUCUUCGAGAACACUCCCAAGGCUGUGCUCUUCUCCCUGGCUGAGGAGGAAGGCUUCUGAGUGUCUGGGGAGCCCAAACCCCAGCGCUGCCUGCUCUGGCUGUGUGACUUUGGCUGGGUUACCUGCCUGCCCUGGGCCCUGGGAGCUCCUCAGGGUGCUCUGCUUCUCCCUGUCCUCCCCAGGGGUGUGGAGAAUUGGGGUAGAGCCUAAGGAGGCAACCUGAGGGAAGUGCUUCAGAGAUGAGCCCUUCUGCUGAGGGCACCCCUUGUGCUGGCUCUAACGCCCUCCCUGUUGGGUCUCCCAGGGGCAGAGCAGGCCAUUCCCCUGAUUGCUAAUUAGGGGCUCAAUCUGCAGGACCCAGUUGAAGGGCACGGGCAAGGGCAAGGGAGAAGUCAGGCUGGGGGGCUCUGCCUUCCUGCUCAGGCCUCUCUGAAUGAUGCUCCCUGAGGAGCCUGGGCCCCUCAACCUCUGCCCACCUCCAUUCUCCCCAGUUCUGCCAGACAGCAUACAGUGGUAGAAAGUGCCCUGGAUUAGGGGUCUGGAAAGCCAGCUUCUAGUCUCGAUUCUGCUAUUGGUCAGUUGUGUGCCCUGGGGCCAGUCACUGCACCACUCUGAACCGCAACUUCCCUCAACAGCCAAGUGAAGGACUUGCCUAAGAUCAGAGCUUCCCAAUCUGGGUUCCACAGAGCCCAGGGGUUAGACACAAUGACACUAGGGAUUCCAGGAAAACGUUUAAAAGCAAGUGCAAUUUCCCCCUCUCAAAUAUGAUACGCUGAGCUAAAACAUGAAAUCUGUGUCUGAAAUAUAAAAUUACAUAUUAUAAAUAUCAGUUGCUUUUUUUUUGGUACAAAGAGGCUUCAUUUAAUCUAUUUUACUCUAAAAUUUUUCUGAAUCCCCCUUACCCAACUCCUUUAUUUUCAGAGACUAUUCCAGAAUCUCAGAUCUUAUUACUUCCACUCACUGGAACAUUAUUUUUGGGGAUCUGACAAUGAAUUUCAAGGCUCAGAUGAAUAGUUUCUAGCUAAAUUAGUUUGAGAAAUUAUGCACUCUAUGGUCUCCUAGGUUCAUCCUAUUUCCAACAGUUUGUGAUUCUUGGCUAUGAGCUCUGUGGCUCUUUAUUCAAUAGGCAGAUGGGUGUGUUUGCUGCACCUGUGUUCAAAACUGGAGGUUGGGUUCCUUGAGUUGGUGGUGGUCCUAGUUCCAUAUACCUGGAUUAUUCUUUAGUCAAACUGUUCUUGCCACAGUAGAAUUGAGUGGGUGGUGGUGAGGUGACAGACGGGAUAGAAACAUGGAAACAUGAAGAAUGACUAUUGUGUGUGUGUGUGUGUGUGUGUGUGUGUGUGUGUGUGUGUGUGGUGUAGCCAGGAAAAAGUUGACUUAGCUCUUUCUGUCCUUCAGAGCUGAGGCUUUGUUAGCUAAGGCAGUAUCCUGAUUCCGAGUCCUGGUAGACCAUAAGGGCAGAGGUUAGUGUGGUUUCUCACCUUUGUCUCUUGGACACUGCUCACAGAUUUCUAGGUAGAUAGUCUGGUUGACAUGGGGGUAGCACCCCAAGUUGUCCAUGGCAGCAGUUUAGAGUAGAGCCUGUUCUGUUAUCUGAGAGUGAGUAGAGAACAGCCAAUGGGUCAGGACCUGGGACAGCAUUCCCACUCAAACCCUUGGUGUCCAAACACGCUAAGGCUGAGGGAGGGAGUCAGGGAAGGAAGAUUCCAGUGCAGGAGAUUUUCUUCAUUGAGCUUUCUUUAUCAUCUUCUUGAAGCUCAUCCUGGAGUCAGUAGUUUUGACAAUAAUUAACUAAGUUGUGCAACUUGGGCAAGCCUCUUUCUGUGAACCUCAGUUUCCUCUUUUGUAAAAUAGUGAUAGUGGAUUAGAUAAUCUCUGUUUCCUUCUAGCUUGAACAUUCUAUGAUUCUGAAGUUCACCUGUAUCAGAACCAGGAUUCGGUCAGUAAUGGAACAUAUCAGACUAGAGAUGAUGCUAGUGUAGGCCCUCAUCACUUCCUGCCUACACCAUUGCAAUAGACUACCUGUUGGUUUGUUUAAAUCUCUCCCACUCCAGUCUUUCCUCCACUUAGUUGUCAAAUUGAUUUUCCUAAAGCCCUAGUCUGACAAUGUCAUCUCCUAGUCAGUAAAAAUUAAUGGCUUCUUAAAAAGCAGCAAAUGUAAACGCCUCUGUUUGGCUUAUGAAGCCCUUUCUAACCUGCUUCCUUCUACCUUUCUGGUCUUCUUACACCUGACGUUCCCCUCCCACCACAUACAGUACUCUGUGAUCCAGUGACAAGGGCCUCUUUGCUGUUCUUCUCUCAGGAGACUCCAUCCCUCAGCUCUGAACAUAUCCCUGACUGUCUCCCAUGCCUAGAACUUUCUCCAUCUUCAUCUCCAAUUCCUGGUUUCCUUCAUGGCACAGCUAAAGUUCUAUCUUCUGCAUGAAGCCAUUUCUGAUCCUACCUUAGUACUGGUGCCUUCCCUGUACUUCGUCCUGUUAGCUCUAAUUUGUCCUGUAUGGGGUGUCCCAAAAGUCUUUUUUUCAAUUUUAAGCUUUAAUAGCUUAAGACCAAGUUAAGGCUUUUGUGACAACUUGUAUAUAAAACACCUUGUUUUUAUUUGGUGGUUUGCAUGUUGGCUUCCAAAUUAAACUGUGAGCUCCUUGAGAGCAGGGACUGACUUUUGACUCUCUUUGUAUCCCCACCACUUAGCCCAUAGUUGGACUUAAUAAAUACUAGUUGACUUACUGGGGGAGACCUGAGUUUGAAUCCUGCUUCCAACACGUACUCACAGUAUGGUCACAGGUAAAAGUCCCUCAAUGUUUUGCCUGUUAGUUCCCUCUAAAAUGGGAACGCUGAUGGUCCUUGUAAUUCCUGCCCUCCCAGGGUUGGUGUGAGGCGUAUGAGAGGCCAUCUGGCCAGUGGCUCUCUAAAUAUAGUCCUCUGACCCCUGAAGUCUUUGAAGUCAAGAUUAUUUUUCUAAUAAUACUAAGAUGUUAUUUGCCUAUUAAAAUUCUCCUCCCCUUUCUAACUGCAUAUCUGUGAGAGGCCAGAUUUUCUUCAUAUACUUCAAUCAAAACCACAUAUCACAUUUCUUGCAAUCACAGCAAGAUUGAAUGCAGAGGCACAUAAGAGAAUCCAGCUGUCUUCUAUUAAGCCAGACAUUAAAGAGAUUUGCAAAAAAAGGGUAAAACACUGCUACUCUUCUCACUAGAUUUUCUUUGUUUUGGAAAAUACAAUUAUUUUUCAUAAAAUAUGUUAUGUUAACAUGUACUGGAUUUAACAUUAUUUUUGAAUGAAUUAAUAAAC